AUGUCUCAAUUUCAUUCACUUCCACCAAAGCCUCUGCCAUUAAUGGUUGACUCUAAAAAUGGAGGAGACAAACCGAACUACAUUAUUUUCAUGCCCGAUCAAUUGAGAUAUGACUCUCUUGGCUGCACAACCUCUCCCAACUCUGGCAUUAAAACUCCAAACAUCGAUGCAUUUGCUGCACGGGGAAGUCUCUUCACAAACUGUUUCACGCAAGCGUCUGUGUGCUCCCAGUCACGAUGCAGCAUGUUCACAGGAACAUACCCUCAUGUCAGCGGUCACAGAAGUCUUGAAAAUCUCAUCAAGCCAUGGGAACCCAAUAUCUUUCGCAGUUUGAAAGAAUCAGGAUAUCACGUGGCUUGUCUCGCACCUAGAGGAGACACUUUUGCACCGACUGUGACCGAAUUGAGUCUCAGUGAAUAUGGGUUUCUUGAGACACCGGAGUUUGUGCCGAAGUUUGCUGGGGGUGGAAGGGAGGUCGAUGAGAGUAUAUGGGGGCGUUUAUUUUACCGAGGGCUAAGAGAUGCGGAUAAGACCAUGGACUAUGAUGAAGCGGUCGUGCGAUCAGCUUUGACGUGGUUAGACUGCCCACCUCAAGAUCAGCCUUGGGUUUUAUUCAUGCCGCUCAUCUUUCCUCAUUGCCCAUUUCAGGUUGAAGAGCCUUAUUUUUCCAUGUACGAUCGCUCAGAGAUUUCUGAUAUUGAGGCAAAAUUGGAGAAGAAGACUGGGUAUGAGCCGCGAUAUAUGAAGGCGAUUCGUGAGAAGUACGGGACGCAUCGGGCAACGGAUGACAUUUGGAAGGAGAUCAAGGCGACAUACUAUGGCAUGAUCUCUAGACUUGAUGAUCAGUUUGGACGAAUGCUCAAAAAGGUGGAUGACCUUGGCAUUUGGAAAGAUACUGUCACUAUGUUCUUUACUGAUCAUGGUGAAUAUCUUGGUGACCACGGACUUAUCGAAAAAUGGCCUUCGGGUCUUUCUGAGACACUAGUCCACGAGCCUAUCAUUAUUGGCGGUGCAGGUUUACCUGAAGGUAAGAAGAUCGAUGCAAUGACGGAAAUGGUUGAUCUUGUACCGACUCUGCUCGAAACUUCUGGAAUUGGGGAGAAGUUCUCUCACAAUGGUUUGUCGUGGGUUCCGCUGCUGUGCGGUAAUGCGAAAACGCACAAGCAGUAUUCUUUCUCUGAAGGUGGAUUUCUCACUUCGGAGGAGCCUAUUCUUGAGCAAGCACCCUACCCAUACGAUCUGAAGGCGGGCCUCCAACACGAAGAUACAACAUUGGUGGGAAAGGCUAUCUCGCUGCGUGAUAAAAACUGGACCUUCAUUUACCGACUUUACGAACCAGCAGAGUUGUAUGACCGAUCUGCUGACCCCCAUGAGCUGCAUAAUCUCGCGGGUGAUUCAGAAUAUAAGGAUUUGGUGGAUAAGUAUGAGAAGGCUACAUUGAAGUGGCUAUUAGAAGGGGCUGAUGACGGAGGUAUGGAAGCUGGAGGAAAGUCUAAAUAA